CGCCUCAAACAGAACAAAGACACGCGCUCCAACCAACUCGUUGCCACAAACAAAUUCGAAAGACGUCAACGUCUAAACUUAAAAUCCAAGUCCGUGUGAAUUUCUCAAUAAACGCAAGUGAUGUGUUAAGCGUUCUAAACAGUUCCUGAGCAAACAAGUCAAACACAAGUGUAACGUCCUUUAAACAAAUUAUUAAUAAGCUAAACCAACCAACUAAAAGAGUUUAGUACAGUGAAACCUAUAAACAUGCACACACUACACGACAGCGCCUCCUUAUCGCCACCGCCGCUGCACAAGAGCCAACGUGGCGUCGGUCUCUCGUCCUCGCGUGCCAUCGCCACUGCAUCAGACGCCAUGUCCUUGAUCUGUGAUGACAGCGAUGUGGAGCCGUCGGUCGGCGGCAGCACUGGCGCUGAUAAUGACAGCAAUGGCAACAACAGCGGCAGUGGCAGCAACUCCGGCGGACCGCUAGUAAAGCCACCAUAUUCCUAUAUAGCGCUAAUCACAAUGGCCAUACUUCAAUCGCCGCACAAGAAACUCACACUCAGUGGAAUAUGUGACUUCAUUAUGUCACGCUUUCCCUAUUAUAAGGAUAAGUUUCCCGCUUGGCAGAACUCCAUACGCCACAAUCUCAGUCUGAACGAUUGCUUCAUUAAAGUUCCACGCGAGCCGGGUAAUCCCGGCAAGGGCAAUUUCUGGACACUGGAUCCCUUGGCUGAGGAUAUGUUUGAUAACGGGAGUUUCCUGCGGCGCCGUAAGCGUUACAAGCGCGCGCCGGCCAUGCAGCGUUUCUCCUUUCCGGCGGUAUUUGGCACGCUGUCACCAUUCUGGAUACGCAAGCCCGUGCCGCUGGUGCCGGUGCACUUCAACGUGCCCAAUUUCAAUGGCGGACGUGACUUCGAGAUGAUGCACAACCCCGGGGAUGUGUUUGAUACGGCGCUGCGUGUGGACAAGAAAUUUAAUUUCUUUGCCAAUGCAGAGGCUGCUUUCUAUGCGAAUAACAACGAUAAGUUUGAUCGCCUGCCGUUUGUAAAUCGUCGCGCGGAUGCGGCAGCGGAUGCAGUGCCUCCAAGUAGCAGCAGCGCAGGUGGCGGUGGCGGUGGCGGCAGCGAUGCCAGUAGAGCUAGCAAGUACAAAAAUCCCUAUGCUUUUGACAUUAGCACAGUUGGCGCCGGCCUAGCAGCUACGGAUUAUGCAGAGCGGGGCAGUUAUGCGGAUCACCAGCGUGGAUAUGCAGAUGAUGCGGAUGGCGAUGAUGCGUCGUGCGAUAAGAUCGAUGUGGAGAGCGCCAAUGAGCAUGAGCAGGACUCACACAUAUCGGACUCCGUCGACUCGGUGUGCACAAAUCCCAUACGCUUGGAUGCUGCAGCCAGAGAGCAGGAUGUCGACUCGGAGCUGCUCUAUGAGCAUACAGAGGCUUCGAAUAGCUCGCUAGCGAUUACGUCCAGUCCCAAGACACCGCUGCCCGCGCACAACUCGCCCGUGCGAACGAUCUUCGAAAGUGAACCAACGAAUCUGCGUUGCGCGCGACAAAAUCAUGCAAAGGACUUUCGCAUUGAGACGCUCAUCGGACAUGCACAUAGUGAUGGGGCGGCGAGUGAUUAGAGCGAGUGGCGAGUAGCGAGAAUCGAGCAGCGUGUAGUCAUUUGCUUGUGUAUAUUCCAGUGAUUUAUGUUUCGAUUUAAGCCAACAUUUUAACAAUUAUCUGUAGCUCGUAGCCAAGUUUAUCCUUGCGAAUGUGUAUACGCUCAAUUUUAAAUGCGACCAAUUGCAACGAGUCCACUUAACACUAAAUUGUAUACAAAACUAUAUAAAUAUAAAUGUAAACCUGAGUGUA